UCGUGAAUGUAUCGACGUUUACGUUUUCCCACUUAAUAUUGCCAAAUUUAGUUCAAUUGAAAAGGGGGGAGUUACUCUCCACCCCUUCAAACACGGUUAACUUCGACAUAUGUGCUUGUUUUUACACGUGGUGUUAAAACCACUACCGUUCCUUUUCUUGGGGGAAUGAACCUAUGGCAACGACGUUGUAAGAAAAGGGAACAGAAAACGAAAUGAAGGAAAAGUCCAAAAAUGCUGCCCGGACUAGACGGGAGAAGGAAAACAGCGAGUUUUACGAACUGGCCAAAUUACUGCCACUGCCAUCUGCAAUAACCUCCCAGCUCGACAAAGCCUCCAUCAUCAGACUGACAACCAGUUAUUUAAAGAUGAGAGUGGUUUUCCCUGAAGGACUCGGAGAGGCCUGGGGGCAGACCAGUCGCACUGGUCACUUGGAUAACGUCAGCCGAGAACUGGGGUCUCACCUGUUACAGACCCUGGACGGCUUUAUUUUCGUGGUGGCUCCGGAUGGGAAAAUUAUGUACAUCUCUGAGACCGCGUCAGUUCAUUUGGGACUGUCACAGGUAGAGCUGACUGGGAACAGUAUUUAUGAGUACAUCCACCCUGCUGAUCAUGACGAAAUGACUGCAGUUCUGACAGCUCAUCAGCCCUACCACUCUCACUUUGUUCAAGAAUAUGAAAUUGAACGGUCCUUCUUUGUGAGGAUGAAAUGUGUCUUGGCAAAGAGGAAUGCUGGUUUAACCUGUGGUGGUUACAAGGUUAUCCAUUGCAGUGGCUAUCUAAAGAUUCGUCAGUACAGUCUAGACAUGUCUCCCUUUGAUGGUUGUUACCAGAAUGUUGGAUUAGUGGCAGUUGGCCAUUCACUGCCCCCAAGUGCUGUGACAGAAAUCAAACUGCACAGCAAUAUGUUCAUGUUUCGAGCUAGCCUUGACAUGAAACUGAUAUUUCUUGACUCCAGGGUAGCUGAACUGACAGGCUAUGAACCUCAGGAUUUAAUAGAAAAAACUCUCUAUCAUCAUGUCCAUGGAUGUGAUACAUUUCACUUGCGCUGUGCUCAUCAUUUGUUGCUUGUCAAAGGACAGGUAACAACAAAAUAUUACCGCUUCCUUGCAAAGCAUGGAGGUUGGGUAUGGGUUCAGAGCUACGCAACAAUAGUCCACAAUAGCAGGUCAUCUCGGCCCCACUGCAUUGUUAGUGUCAACUACGUUCUCACGGAUGCUGAAUACAAGGGAUUGCAACUGUCACUUGAUCAAGUAACAGCAACAAAACCAUCCUUUUCAUAUGCAAACUCAACCCCAACCAUCACGGACUCAAGGAAGACAAGCAAGUCCCGUCUCAGCCGAACAAAAUCCAAGCCAAGAACAUCACCGUAUCCACAGUAUUCUGGAUUUCACAAAGAAAGAUCUGAAUCGGACCAUGAGAGCCAAUGGGGAGGAAGUCCACUGACAGAUAAUGCUUCCCCACAACUGCUGGGUCACACAGAAGGGUCACAGCCUUCCCAGCACGACAUUAUUUCCUGUGCCUAUGGACAGUUUUCCGACAGAAAUUCGUUGUGCUACGGCUUUGCCCUCGAGCACUCCAGAUCGGUGGAGGAAAGGCAGUCCCACUUCCACACAUCGCCGUGUGAGGCUGGAAGGUGCGAGGCAGGCAGAUACUUUCUUGGGGGCUCGCAAUCUGGAAGAGAGAAUUGGUGGAACUCCUCUCGUAUGACACUAGCUCUGACUAAGUCGUCUCCAGAGAGCAGGGAGGGAUAUGAAAACAGCAUGCCACACAUAGCUUCUAUUCCCAGUAUUCAUGGAAGAGGACAUUGGGAUGAAGACAGCGUUGUCAGUUCACCAGAUCCUUGUUCUGCCAGUGAAUCCGGGGACAGGUACCACAAUGAGAGGUACCAGAGUAGUCCACAUGAGCCAAGUAAAAUCGAGACUCUGAUUAGAGCAACACAGCAAAUGAUCAAAGAAGAGGAGAGCAGGCUGCAAAUGAGAAAAACUACCUCGGAUCAGUUGCCGCCGAUGAAUGGUGUAGGCAAGCUCCAUGCUGCAUGUUUUAAUGUAAGCUACCAACAGCAACAAAUGACCAGUGUUGUGUGUCGUGCUCCACCAAUGUCUAACAUCUCUCGCUGUGAUCACCUUCAACAAAGAGAUGGGAAAAUCGUCAGCCCUCACGAGAACGAAUACAAUGGCAGCCCCAUUUCACUCUCAAGAAUAAGUAGCCCUAGUUCAGAUCGGGUUUCAAAGACAAAUGUAGCCUUAAAUAAGGACUACCUAGCUUCAGACAUGUCUCCUCAUCAAACAGGGGGGAACUGUGCAUCAUCCCCGAACUAUUACUCCACCCAUCCCCGACAGUACUUUGAUAAACAUGCCUAUGCACUGACUGGCUAUGCUUUUGAGCACCUGUAUGAUAGUGAAGCCAUUAAAAACUAUUCUCUGGGCUGCAAUGGCACUCACAUUGACGUGACCUCUCACUUCCGAAUGCAACAGGAUCCAACCCAUGUACACAAGAGCACCACGGUAAUUAUUACUAAUGGAAGCUGAUGUUUCACUGUAAUAGAAGUUAGGGUGAAAGUUAGCAAGCAGGAAGAGAGCAGCAACUUGGAUUUAAAGGAAACAUUGAAGCUGCACUUGUAUUCCCAGUGCCAGCUUGCACAUGGGCACGGAACCGGGUUUAUCACUCUGCUGUGCUUGACAGUCAAUCUAGUGUAUGCACUACACGUUCAUACACAGAGCAUUUUAGGUGAAUCAAUAAGGCCGGUGGGGUAGGAAAGCUUUCCUCUCUUCUAUUUGUGGCAAAAUCAUAAAUAUGAUUGUUUUUUGAAAGGCGUUUACAAUUUUGCAACACGUAGCACACAAAGUUUUCCCCCUCUUAUUCCCAGUCCACCCCAUGGUAUGAUCUGCAUUAAAUGGUUAGUCAGUUGCAU